UCCAGCAGGCUGUGAGUCUUGCGGUUCUCGUGGCGGGGACGGCCCUCGUGUUCAGGGUCGCCUCGGGCACCAGUCCUCUACCUGUCAGCCUAGGAUGGACCCCGAGGAGGAAGCGGCGGCACUGGCGAUGGCUACGGGGCCGCCGGCAGAACGGCUCCAGGAGCCGGUGACUUUCCGGGACGUGGCCGUGGACUUCACCCAGGAGGAGUGGGGGCAGCUGGGCCCGGCCCAGAGGACCCUGUAUCGAGACGUGAUGCUGGAGACCUUUGGGCAUCUGCUCUCCGUGGGGCCUGAGCUUCCCAAACCAGACGUCAUCUCCCAGCUGGAGCAAGGGGCUGAGCUGUGGGUGGCGGAGAGAGGACUCGCCCAGGGCUGCCGUCCAGGCCAGGAAGCUGGACCGGAGGGUCGACCACCGGCCCGGGAGCAGGGCCUUCCUGAGGAGAAGGGGCAGGAAGGCUUCCUGGGGAAGGCGCCGCGUCGCGCCACGUCGGGGGAAGACUGGGAACGGGCGGGCCGGGUCAGGGGGUCUGAGCAGGACCAGGGUCAUUGGCGGCGACUCCAGGAAGCCCCCGUUCAGGACGGAAGUCUCAGACUUGGGGAGAGCCCCGGUCCGCUGCCGGAGGUCUCCAGGCUGGAGCGUGCGUGUGUGCCGGAAUCUCGGGGUGCGAGCUCGGCGCGGAGCCCUGGCGCCGCCCGUGAGGAGACGGGCUCCCCGGCAGCACAGCCGCGCGACCGCCACGAGCGCGGCGAGGCGUCCGCUGCGGCGCGUCCUGUUCUGGAGGCGGAGCUGGCGCGUGGCCCCGCGCCCGACAAGCCCUACAAGUGCGCAGACUGCGGGAAGUCCUUCAACCACAACGCGCACCUCACGGUGCACCGGCGCAUCCACACGGGCGAGCGGCCCUACGCGUGCAAGGAGUGCGGCAAGGCCUUCAGCCAGAACUCGUCGCUGGUGCAGCACGAGCGCAUCCACACGGGCCACAAGCCCUACAAAUGCGCCGAGUGCGGCAAGUCUUUCUGCCACAGCACGCACCUCACGGUGCACCGGCGCAUCCACACGGGCGAGAAGCCCUACGCCUGCCAGGACUGCGGGCGCGCCUUCAACCAGAACUCGUCGCUGGGCCGCCACCGGCGCACACACACCGGCGAGAAGCCGUUCGCCUGCAGCGUGUGCGGCAAGGCCUUCUCGCGGACCACCUGCCUGUUCCUGCACCUGCGGACGCACACGGCCGAGCGGCCCUACGAGUGCAGCCGCUGCGGAAAGGGCUUCCGGCACAGCUCGUCGCUGGCGCAGCACCAGCGCAAGCACGCGGGCGACGGGCCCUACGACUGCCGCCAGAGGCUGCUUUUCGCGCCCGCGCCCGCCUGGCCCGAGCCCCUGAGCCCGGGCGAGGGCCCGCCGCGCAGCGACAGGCCCUUCCGCUGCGGCCAGUGCGGCAAGGGUUUCACGCAGAGCUCGCACCUCAUCCGCCACCAGAUCACGCACACCCGAGAGCAGCCGCGGGGCCGCGGCCGCCGGCGCCCGCAGGCCCGCGGCCGCGGCCCGCACCUCGCGCGGUGCCCGCUCGGGCCCGCAGAGGAGAGCCCUGGGGGCGGGACGAAGGCGGGGCCGCCCGCCGGCAGGGCGCUGGCGCUGUUUGACCUCCACGAGAUCAUGCAGGAAAAGAACCCGGUGCGCGUUAUUGGGGUGGAAGAGCCCGCCAUGGGCACGUCCGUGCUGUUUGACAUCACGGAGUCCACGUAGGGAAGGAACGCGGCGGAUGACUGUGGAACCGCAGGUACAGAAAUGUGGUACGUCCACAAGGUGUCUUUCUGGAAGGGGGCUGAGGGUAGAAAUGCCCUCAGAUUUCCUGAGGCAGUGGUGCUUGCAAACACCUGAGAUCACUGAUUGUCCAGAGUCUCAAACCCAGUAUUCAGAAAUGAAUUCAGAGGUAACGGAACCUACACACGUGUGUAAUGUUGAAAAACCCACAUAUGUCCCCGUUUUGUAAAGGAUAAUUAAAGCAAAAGACACUGUCAGUAGGUCACGUCGGCUGAGUUGCUGCCUCUCCCUGUGGUGGUGACCAUCGUGCCUGGAGACUUGGGGCGUUGCCUGUGGCUUGCCGUCUGGUGCAUGGGGUUACCCACAGACACAUGAGGAGAGGCCUGUGUGGUUGUGAUAUCCCAAAGUGGUGACUAAAGCUUGGGAAAGAUUUGCACAAAACAGAUGCAGCUGCGUUACUGGAAGCUUUUGUCUAAAUUCUAAACAUGCAGGAAUUCAUAUGUGGAGUCAACCCAAGCCGCAGUUCCUAUUUAUGGAAAGGAGUCGCAGACACACCCAUGGCUGUUGGGAUCCAUGUCUGCACUUGAGAGUCGUCAGAGCAGGCCUGGCAGCCACACUCAUGCCCAAAUCAAGCGACAAAGGAUUCCCCCGUGAAAUCCCACAGCUUCCCCUGGGGGUGGCACGGCUGCUGUUAGAAACCAUGGCCUUAGAUUGGCAAUGUUGCCUGUGAUGGAGGGUCUCACUCAGAGUGGCUUUGUUCCCCAGGAGAUACUUGGUGAUGUCUGGACACAUUUUGGUUGUCAUGACUGGCAGAGGGGAGCGGCUGCAUCCUGUAGGGGAGGUCGAGGAUGCUGCUGAGCAUCCUGCAAAACCCCGUCACCAAAGAGCCACCUGGCCUUGAGGUGGAGUACCCUUGCCCAGCAUACGAGGUAGCUUUCCUGACUCUGGAAGUUGAUUAAUCAGGGCUUUGUUAACAGUCCUUUACAUUUGAUUUUAACACAUGCUAUCUUUGAGCAUGUACACAUUUUCUUUUAGUAAUUCUUUUCCACUGUUUUGCAACAUUUGUAGUUGAUGUGAGGGAAGAGAAUCCACUUAUUUUUCUGAGUAAUUUUAGCAUUUUAUUUUGGACAUUCCAUGUGCUGAUACAUUUUCACUGGCACCCCUGUGGCCAUAGGAUUAUUUUUACAUCAGCACCAGAAAUCUUGUCAUUUUAUCAAUUUUUAAAAAUAUCUCUCAAAAGCAUGGCCCAUGAUGACAAAAACCAUUUUUAUAGUCAUUCUGAGCUAUCAUUUGCCUUUUUCACUAAGUUGAUGUUUACACUGAUAGUGCAAAUCCAACACUGGGCAACACUGCCAGAGUCUCAGAAUUAAGGAAGUUGCCCCGAGGUCACUGUCCAUAU